AUGAAGAUACAACAUUUGUGCCCACGACGUGUGUUUCUCCUAGCAUGUCUUUUACACUCUGCGGAAGCCGUCAUUCUCGUUGAUCCAGUACACAACACAUGCGGUGCACAAGGAAGUUCAACGGUACAAGGCCUUUUAACAGACGUAACGAACCUGGCUCAGCAUGCCCUUAACAGCAUGAACAGUCUAGACAAUGGGCAGAGCAGUGGCUGGGACUUUUACAGAACCGUGGUGACCUUCGACUCCUUCUUCGACGCGACAUCCCCGGGUGCGCAAACGCGGUGGAACGAUGUCAAGUCAAACCUAGGGACUAUGGCAGCUGCUCCCUCGACGACACGCAACGUCUACGUGUCCUGCGACGACAGCGCGCUGUGGACACAGGCGCAAGACGGGACCUUGACCUUCAACGACCCUUCGAAUGGCCAGUCGUACCCCGGGUACUCUACCGCCACCACUAAGCGCUGUGCAGACCCCGUCAUCAUCAACGGAACGCCAAACACCCAAAUUGGUUACCGAAUACAAAUCAACAACAUUGAAUUCGUCCAGCUAUGCCUGAAGCAGAACGGCGGCGAUAUACUGUUGAAUCAGCUGAGCCUCGCAGAAGGGAACAACCUGGACGAUGAGACGACUCUUUCAACGGUUCUAUUCCAUGAAUUGACUCACGCUCUUAUUGAUACCAUGCGUGGAGACUCGACGGGCGGCCAGGCUGCCGGAGGUGAAAGGUAUGGAUGGGGAGGAGCGCAACAAGUUAGGUCGACGUAUGCGGUGGAGAACCCCGACAGCUUGACGCUGUAUACCCUGGCCAUGGCCCUUACGCCGUAUCUUUGGAAUACCGGAAAAGCUCUGAGCACUGUGUCCGAGUAUCAGAGACUUCAGCAGAACGAGCCACAGACGAUCCGAAAUCUCAACCUUCCGUCUUCAUAG